AUGGCGCCUAACAAGUCACGCUCGAGGGCUGACGAGCGACUGCAGUUCCCCUGCAGCCGUAUAAAGCGCCACCUGCGAAACAUAACGCGCAACCGGACGCACAUCAGCGCGAAAGCCUCCAUCUACCUGACCACGGCGCUCGAGUACCUGACAGCCGAAGUGCUGGAGCUGGCGGGCAUCAUGCCGAUGGAUCUUAACAAUGUCGACGGCUCGCUUAUUCAACGUCAGCUAUGUUCGUGGCGGAGCUCACACUUCUGA